UCGAGCCUCCUUCGGCUUCUUCUGUUGAUUCUGCAUCAUGUUGUGUCAGCUUGAGUUUUGAGUUUGUGCGUUCCAGUUCUGUUUGAAUGUGUAAAUCACUCGUAUAGUACUUUUGACUAAGGAGGAUGUCUGCUGCUUUGCCGUGUGUUCGGUUGGCUUCACGGCCACCUAUCAUAUCGCCAGUUACGCGUGGUCUGGCCACAUCAGCUGACCUAUGCUGUGAUGCCGCUGCCAAGUCUGCUCCUGUCCCACACGCUGUUGCCACGUACAAGAAGCACCCGCUGAAGACCAGCAUUUGCAGUGGCAUGAUUCAUCCGACGACCUCAAGCAACUAUGCAUGGGCCUCAGGCAUGCUCGAUAUCCAGGAAUUGGUGACUGAUCCGAAAAAUGCGAUGACCAAACGAUCGGAGACUUUAUUUUACUGUAGCCUUCUGGUGGUAUCGCUGGGAUCGGACAACGCCUUGAUGAGGCAGGAGUACUUUCAUAAGGUGUUACUGCUGUGUCUGCAACAUCACCAGAAGUUUAGUAGUCGAUUUAUGGUGAAUGUUCGUUGUCCUAUCUUGUCAGCCCUGGCAUGUGAUAGAACUCUGCUAGGAGACCGCCAAGUUUUGGAAAUGUUUGAAGAGCUUUUCUGUACUGACAUUCUUGGAAUUUUCAAACCUAUCCCUACACGUGGGCGUGUGAGCGAGUGGGCAACAGGUACUCUGCUGAAGGAGUCACCUCGCGAAAGAGCUUUGGUUCCACCUGAUACGCUUGCGAAGAUGGUGGGUUUGUGGCAGCGUCUAUCAUCGUCUGCUUCGGGUGAUAUGAAAUACUACUUUCAGCUUCGUCCACUUUUGCUCCGAGAAGCCUUGUUGCUCUCCCCUUUCUUGUCAGAGCAGCAGUUCGCACAUCAUUACAGUGCACUCUUCGUGGGAAUUGAAGAUGACUGUGAUCUUUUCCGCACCACGCAGCGAUCUCGACUGGCAACUGUUCCACCCAGCGCAUUUCACACAAUGGUCAAAGCAUGGUGUGCAGUGGAACCAAGAUGUUGUGUUGGUGGACGGGACACUCUCUUACCUGAGAAUCUGAAGGUGGUGGUCGACGCCGUCUUGAAGGCUCUUGUGCACAGUGGCUGCAACCUGUCGGCAGCAACCUUUCAACUGGUGUUGGACGCUUGCUGGGAAAGUCGCAAUCGCAAGCUAGCCCUGACCAUGUACCGAUGUAUGAGAGACAUGGCUGUGCAACCUAGUGUACAUGCAUUUGGUCAGAUCACGCGUCUCUCCAUGUCCAGUCCCGUGACAGUGAAGUGGCUGUGGGAAGAUGUGUGUAGAGAGUUUCGCGGUUGCCCACCGCUUGGCAUGCUGCACUAUUUGAUGGAGGCACUGGCGUUUCAGAACAAAGACCCUAGUGUCAUUGAGCAUGUGCACAAGCUUAUUAUCAGCCGGGCAAGGCGUCUUCAAGAACCAUACAGUGUAGGUCUGUAUAGUGCACCCACGUUACUAUGGUCCUUCUAUGCAGCAACAGUUACUGGUUCUGUUCAGCAUGCUGCCCGGCAGCUCGAUGUUAUGGUCAGCAAGGGUGUGCUCCCGGAUAUCAAGGUCUUGUCACUGAUGUGGCGCAUGGUCCGCUCUCGGCAGAGUGCUGUCGAUGUAGUGAAGGCCGUAUCGGAGAGGAUGGUUCGCUGGCGGAUAGAACCGUCUCAGGAGUUCAUGUUGGAGGGUGUUGCUGCGCUGGGACAACUGUCAGAUCCGCUCUACUGGAAAAGUAAAGUUUGGCGGGCUGAUUGGCUGCGCAGUGAUCUGCUAACGUCAGCACCUGCCAGCGGGCCUGAACAGUCGGCUAUAUGCAUGAAUCACAUGGCGAGUGCGCAGAGCGAAGGUGAAGCAAGACUGGUUGCAAUCCUCUUGGCAAUCUGUCAGCAGCUCAACACGGAGAUAGCAUCUGCCGACAGUGCCUAUACCGGCACACGACUGGACAAGGUAACUCGCGUCUCCGUCGAUGACCUCUGUCUGGAUCCUCAGUUCUUUCUCUCGUCUUCAGCCCGGCCUGGUACGGAUGAGGAGCAGCUGACGGAUACAAUGCGCUGUAUGAUUGAGUCUAGCAUAAGCGGCGACGUGGCUCCGCUGUUCACGGAUAGUAGCAUGGAGUCUUGUUUGGAAACUCUCAUCCAACUUGCCACUGAUCACCAUGCUACUGUUACUACUGAUAGUCGAAACCUUGACCCAGACCUAGAUGCGCUGCAGGUCGACGCUCAGUCUGCCGACUGAUAUUUCACGUCGUUAGGUCGUCACCGCUGUCUGUUUUCUGACAAGGAGAAAUAUGUCUACUUGAAGCCUCUUGCGUAGUCUGCGUGUAGCACUCUUCCCACCCUGGGUAUGACCCGUCUUUUUCUGGCAAUUUACAAUUAUGUAUUUCUUUUGAUAAUCAAUUUACUUACAUUUUCCCCGUUUCGCUGGAUAUUAGACCAAUUCAUUUAUGAGCAGGUACAUGAAAUAUAACGGAGCUGUCUUCAAGAGAGGGCGGAAGAUGUGGCCGACUUUCUUGACUUGAAUAAGGAGAUGAGUUAUAUGAUGGAUGGAUUG